GCUGAGAUCUCUGUCUUCUGAAAACCAUCUCUGCACAUGCUAGCCCCAGGUGAGCCUGCAGACGACCAAAGGCUAUUCCAAGGAGAGAGCCUGGAGCCAGAGAGAAUGACCCCGGGGGCCCAGAGACCCCCAUCCCAGCUCCUUGACCCAGGGUCCUUAAGCAAGGAAAGGAAUGGAAAACAGACCAAAAAGAAGAAAGAGGAUACUUCCACCUUUCAAAGGCCUUUAGCAGCUAGGUGGCGCAGCUCACAGCAUGCUAGCCUGGAGUCAGGAAGACUGAGUUCAAAUCCAGCCUCAAGACACUCACCAUCUGUGUGACCCUAGGCUUAACCUACCAACUUAACCCUGUUUGCCUCAGUUUUCUCAUCUGUAGAAUGGGCUGGAGAAGGAAGUGGCAAACCAUUCCAGUAUCUUUGCCAAGAAAAUCCCAAAUGGGGUCAGGAAGAUUUGGAUAGGACUGAAAGGACAUCAACAGCAGGAUCUUCUUAGACAAUCAGCUGGUGUUAAUUAGCCUUUGUUAAGGGCUCUUCUUUGCCCUAUUUGCUUGAAUUAAAGGAAGGGGGUGAGGUCCUGGAAAUCUUCCUAGAAUUCUGAAUUUUCUUUUUGUAAUAUGGGGCUGGGGGGUGGGGUACUGAAGGAGACAUUCAGUGCCUGUCUGUGGGGCAUCAGGCUUAAGGCCAAGAAUUACAAUGAGACCAAAUGCAGUCAAUUUGGUUUUCCCCAAACUUCACUAUGGACAAGCCUCCCUGUGAGUCAUCAUUAUCCUCAAUGAAAUCCAUAUGAGACUUGGAUUAUGGGACCUUACCAUUUAAGGUAUUAAGUGCCUUCAUUCUGAGUUACCAGGUGCCAGUUGGCCAAGGUGCCAGCCAAUCACAAGAGGAAUACAUACAAGAGCAGACAUUGAGCUGUCCCAAAAGGCCAGUUUGCAGACAAUCAAAGCCUAUUCCAAGGAGAGAGCCUGGAACCAGAGAGAAUGGCCCCAGGGACCCAGAGACCCUCCUCCCAGGAAUUGGUGACAUUCAAGGAUGUGGCUGUGCAUUUCACCCAGGAGGAGUGGCGCCUCUUGGACCAUUCUCAGAGAGAGCUGUACGAGGAGGUCAUGCUGGAGAAUGUCCAGAACCUGCUCUCUGUGGGACUUCCAGUUUCUAGAGAAGAUGUGAGCUCUCCUUUCCAGGGAGGGGAAUCACCAGGGAUGGUAGAGCACAAAGGUCCAAGGAUCUCCUGUCCAGGUGGAGAGACCAGGUUGGAAGUGAAGAAGAUGGCUACAAAGGUGAACAUUUCUAUGGAAGAAUUUGGCCAGCAUAGAUUUGAGAGUGAUGGUGCCUGUAACUUCAAUUUGAAAGAAAUCUGUGACACUGAAAUCAAGGUGGGUGAGAGUAUCUUCAAGUUUGGUGAAAUUGAAAAGCCACUCACACAGUCUUCAGUCUUAAAUAACAGGAAGAGAAGGACUUCAUGGAAUGAAUAUUUUCAGGAGAGUGAAGAUAAUAAAUGGUUUCCUCAACAACUAGAGCCUUUUAAGGCCCAGGAGAAGUCUCAUCAAAUGCUAAAGUACAAAGGUAAUCAUCGGGAAAUGGCUUCGAAUUUGAAUUCUGCUCUCAUUGGACAUCAGAAAAGUGACAGAAGUGGGAAGGGCUUCAGUCAGAGCUCUAAGUUCAUUCCUCUACAGACAAUUCACAUUAGAAGGGAGCCUAUUGAAUACAAUGAAUGUAAAGCAACCUCAUCGGAUCAAUCGUAUCUUCCUUGGCAUGCUAAGUUUUAUGAUGGAAGGAGAAGACAUGCAGUUGAUUGUUGUGGAUUGGCCUUUGGUUUGAACUCAGAUCUUAUAAGGCAUCACAACAUUCACAUUGGAAAAACGUUUUAUAAAUGUAAUCAGUGUGGAAAGACUUUCAGAUGGAGAUCCCAUCUUGUUGUCCAUCAGAGAAUCCACACUGGAGAGAAACCUUAUGAAUGUAAUCAGUGUGGAAAGGCUUUCAUAGAGAGGUUCAGUCUUACUGUACAUCAGAGAAUCCACACUGGAGAGAAACCUUUUGAAUGUAAUCAGUGUGGAAAGGCUUUCACAAAGAGCUCCCAACUUGCUUCACAUCAGAGAAACCACUCUGGAGAGAAACCUUAUGAAUGUUAUCAGUGUGGAAAAUCUUUCACAAUAAGCUCCAGUCUUGUUUGCCAUCAGAGAAUCCACACUGGAGAGAAACCCUAUGAAUGUAAUCAGUGUGGAAAGGCUUUCAAACAGAACUCCCAUCUUGCAGCACAUCAGAGAAUCCACACUGGAGAGAAACCUUAUGAAUGUAAUCAGUGUGGAAAAGCUUUCAUAGAGAGGUUCAGUCUUGCUGUACAUCAGAGAAUUCACACCGGAGAGAAACCUUUUGAAUGUAAUCAGUGUGGAAAGGCUUUCACAAAGAGGUUCAGUCUUACUCAGCAUCAGAGAAUCCACACUGGAGAGAAACCUUUUGAAUGUAAUCAGUGUGGAAAGGCUUUUACAAAGAGGUUCACUCUUACUCAGCAUCAGAGAAUCCACACUGGAGAGAAACCUUUUGAAUGUAAUCAGUGUGGAAAGGCUUUCAUAAAGAGCUCCCAACUUGCUUCACAUCAGAGAAACCACACUGGAGAGAAACCUUAUGAAUGUAAUCAGUGUGGAAAAACUUUCACAUUAAGCUCCAGUCUUGUUUGCCAUCAGAGAAUCCACACUGGAGAGAAACCUUUUGAAUGUAAUCAGUGUGGAAAGGCUUUCAAACAGAGCUCCCAUCUUGCAGCACAUCAGAGAAUCCACACUGGAGAGAAACCUUUUGAAUGUAAUCAGUGUGGAAAGACUUUCACAAAGAGGUUCAGUCUUACUCAGCAUCAGAGAAUCCACACUGGAGAGAAACCUUAUGAAUGUUAUCUGUGAGAAAAGGCUUUCACACUGAGAUCCAGUUUUGCUCAGCAUCAGAGAAUCCACACUAGAGAGACACCAUAUGGAUGUUAUCAGUGUAGAAAGACUUUCAUAGUGAACUCUAGUCUUGUUGCACAUCAGGGAAUCCAUACUGGAGAAAUCUUAGGAAUAUAAUCAAUGUGGUAAAACCUUCACACAAUAUUCACAUUGUAUAGAAAUCUUAUCACUGUUAUGAAUUAGUAAAUGCAUUCAGUUGUCAUGCAGAACUUGCUCAAAAUUAGGGAAUUCAUUUUCAUGAUUUUUGUCAUUUAUUUAAAAUUUUAUUUUCCCCCAAUUGCAUGUAAAACCUAUUUUAAAGUCCAUUUAAUAACUUUGUGUUUCAUAUACUCAAAGGGCUGUGGGACAGUAAUACCACUACUAGGUCUGUACCACAAAGAGAUCAUAGAAAAUGGAUGUAUGGGGUAAAAGUAAAUGCAUGUGGUCACCUGUCCCCUGUGUGGGGAAAGCUAACUAGAACAACAGUUUAACAGUUUAGGUGGUAAACAUUUAUUAAAAUGUAUUAGGGGUUAGUGAAGAGAGAACAAAUGUCACUGAUAAAAUAGGAAAAAAUAAGAAAACCUAUCUACCCUAAAGGAGAGAUGAGAGUUCACACCCCUACCUGGUUCUUCUACCAACUCCCCACAAGGUUCCAACCACCAACUGACAAAACCAACUACCUUCCACACUGCUUGAAGCUGAUUGCUUGAGGGUGGUCUCAUGUUGAUGUGAGGUAGCUUCCAGACACUGAACCUUAGAAAGGUCAAUCUUUGCUCUCUCAGCAGGGGGCCUGUGGUAAUCAAGGGAAAUACUAUUUCUUUUAU